AAACAACAGUAGCUCAAGGGUUAAAUUGCACACACAAAAUGAAUGAGGAGAGGCAAAUCUCCAUUAACGAAAUAUGUCGCACUUGUUUAUCAAAAUUGCAACACGUUGCAGCCUAUGAUCUGUUUGUGGUUCCGGGUCUGGCCAAGAAGCUGUGUGUGUGCACUUCCCUCUCAGUGGAGCAACAUGAUGGGUUCCCAAAAAGCCUUUGCUCCAAUUGCUACACCCGUCUAAACGAUUUACAUGAUUUUCAGAAGCAAUGCAUGGACUCUCUUGAUAAGUUGAGGGGCAUGUUGGCCAACAACUACAUUACAAUCCACACCAACCAGGCUAACAGUUUUGCACCACAGGAUGUUGAUGUGGCUAUCGAAGAAGAAGACCGCAUUAACUUUGACCCGCUCCUAAAUACAAAAAUUGAGAUAAUUGAGAAUGAGGAGGAUGUUUUUAAAAUGUUAGAAGAUGUCGACAAAGAAGCGGAAGCAGAAGAGCCAGGCACGGAGUCCUCCUGUGAAAGCGAAUACGAGAAAAAUGACAACGAUGUGGACUUCCAGGCGAAUAGUAGCGACUCCGAAGAUGCCAGGCCCCUGUCUCAUCUACGAACUGCUGCUGUGGUAAUACAAACAAAUUCAACGGGCAGAAAUAUGGCUGAUGAUGAAGAGAAUUCCUCUAGCUCUGAAUCGGACAUGGAUAACGCAAAUAUAUCUAAAGGCAAAUCGAAGCGCAAGCGAAUUUCUGCGACUGAGCGACCCAUGCAACGUCUUAUCGACUGUCACAUUUGCCAUCAAAAAUUCAAGAAGGCAAUUCGCUAUGAGGAACACAUGAAGCAUCACAACGAUCUUUUACCAUUCCAGUGUACUGUGGAAACCUGCAAAAAGGGUUUUACGACUGCCGCAGGUCUGCGACAUCAUGUGGAUCACGCUCACUCGGAACUCUGCGAACUCUACGCCUGCACUGUAGAGGGAUGCGACAAGUCGUUUCCUCGCACUCGUAUGCUCACGCAUCACCAGAAGAAGGUUCACAACAUUAUCAAGCCUGAGAUCCGUGACCAUCCCUGCACGGAAUGUGAUAAAGUCUUCCGAUGUCCGACGGCGCUUAAAAAACAUAUGUAUAAGCAUACUGGCGAGGAGCUGCCGAUUUCCUGCAACAUCUGCAACAAACGCUUUCACAUCAACAGUGAACUUAGGGACCAUCUAUUGCGACAUGCCGGCGUGAAAAACCAUGUUUGUCCCUAUUGCGGCGUGGGCAAAACAACGAGACAGGAGUGGAAUAAACACAUAUUGACGCACACCAAGGAAAAACAGUUCCAAUGCCGACAGUGCGAUCAUUCCUCCCACAACAAACAGGCUUUGGCCAAUCAUGUCAAAGUGGUUCAUAUGAAGAUCAAGAACUUUGCCUGUCAGUAUUGCGGCAAAACUUUCGGAAAAUCGCACGCCUGCAAGAUCCACGAAAGACUUCACACUGGCGAAAAUUGCUGUGAGUGCAAGAUCUGUGGUAAGAUCUUCCUUUUUGAGAAGAGAUUGACCAAACAUUUAAAAAUUCAUGAGAAGCGCGAAUUACCAGCGACUAAUGCAAAUGCACAGGUGGACGAGACAAUUCAGAGUUAUUCUAAUGUUAACCAGGAGUCCAAAACACCGGUAGACGUAAAACCCGGGCCAGCGUCGUUUGCUAAACCGAAGAAGUCGCAUAGAGUUGAGCGUGUUGAUAUAUCUCAGCUGGCCGGAACCUCUGUUAAUCCAAUUUCAUCAGUUUCUGUGCCUUCCUGGUCGCCACAAGUGAACUUCACCAAGAAAGAAGGCCAACACAUUUGUCCAGGCUGUGGACGUGGCUUCAACCACAUUGGCAAUAUGAAGCUACACUAUAAGGUGAUACACGAAAAGAUCAAAGAUUUCGCAUGUCGCUUCUGCCCCAAGCGCUUUGGCAAGGCCCAAUAUCUGCGUCAUCAUGAAUAUACGCAUACAGGCGAGAGGCCUUAUGGCUGCAAGAUAUGCGAUAAACACUUUAGCCAUGGCUCAUCGCUGCGAAAGCAUAUGAUUUCACACAACAGACCACCAAAAAUUCAAAAAGCUCCAAAAACCACAACUCAGAAAAAAGAGCAUCAGAGGCCCAAAAUCGAACUUAACAAACGUACCGCAAAGAAUUAUGAACAGUACCAGGAUCCUGCUGCGGAACGGGCUGCAGCUACGGCAGAACUGUUUGCUCAGCAACUCGAGGAGAGCGAGGCCAAACGAAGAGCGGAAGCUAAAACUCGUAGGAUUCAAGAAGCUGCAUGUGAGCAGCUUCAGAAGCUGCAAAGGGAGCAGCUGAUCGAAAAGAUAUCCCUUGAUAGCUUUCAAGUGGAAAGGUCUGAGGCUGGUAUAGGCGUGGAUGCUCUCAAAAUAGAUCAUUUUAUAAUCUUAUUGGGAGCAACCAGCAUAAGCAAAAGCAAAAUGGACGAGGGGAGUGAAUACUCCAUACAUUCGAUUUGUCGUAUUUGUUUGAACCACUUGCGAAACGACCCAGCCUACGACCUGUUUCUAGUCCCAGGUCUCGCUAAGAAACUUUGUGUGUGCACUUCACUCUCCGUGGAACAGCACGAUGGGUUCCCCAAAAACCUUUGCACCACUUGCUACACCCGGCUCAACGACUUACACGGAUUUCAGAAACAAUGUGUAGACUCUGUACAGAAGUUUCAAGAAAUGGUCGCCAGCAAAUACUUCAUACCCGUCAUGGGUACUGUUGACAAUGACGAUGUAAUGAAUGCUGCGACACACGAUAUGGAAACGGAGGAGGAUCGCAUCAACUUUGACCCGCUCCUUAAUACUAAAAUAGAGGUUGUGGAGAAUGAGGAGGAUGUUUUUAAAAUGUUGGAUGAUGUCGACAAAGAAGUUGAGGAGGUUGAGAAGAAUCUUUCCAGUGACGGAAACGGAAACGACAAUGACGAUGAUGAUGAUGCCCAAUUCGAAGCAAACAGCAGUGACUCGGAGGACGCCAUGCCCUUGUCUCGAUUACGAAGUGCUACGAGGGCGUCGAAAGCGAAGGCUAAAAGCAAAACUGUGGUAGAUGAUGACGACUCCUCAAGCUUUGAGUGGGGCAUCGACAAUGACGACAAAAAAGACAAACCUAAAAGGAAACCAAAACGUAAACGCAUUCCAAAAGCCGAUGUGCAACUUGAUGAUCCCAUUGACUGUCAUAUUUGUCAUGAAAAAUUUAAGAGCACGAAUCUUUACGACGAGCACAUGAAGCAUCACAACGAUCUAUUGCCAUUCCAGUGCACUGUGGAGUCCUGCAAGAAAGGUUUCACUACGUCGGGGGGCCUACGCCUCCAUAUGGACCACGCUCACUCAGAACUCUCUGAGGUGCACGCGUGCACUGUGGAGGGAUGUGGCAUGACGUUUCCUCGACCUGUUUUACUCACGUUCCAUCUGAAAAGAGUACACAAGAUUAUAACAUCUCGUGCACGAGAUCAUCCCUGCACGGAAUGCGACAAAGUUUUCCGCUGUUCAACAGCUCUUAAGAAGCAUAUGUACAAGCAUACUGGCGAGGAAAAGCCCAUAUCCUGUAACAUCUGCAACAAACGGUUUCACAUAAAUAGUGAGCUCAAGGACCAUCUCUUGCGCCAUGCCGGCGUUAAAAACCAUGUUUGUCCCUAUUGUGGCGUUGGCAAAACAACGAGACAGGAGUGGAAUAAACACAUAUUGACGCACACCAAGGAAAAACAGUUCCAAUGCCGACAAUGCGAUCAUUCCUCCCACAACAAGCAGGCUUUAGCCAACCAUGUCAAGGUGGUUCAUAUGAAGAUUAAGAACUAUGCCUGUCAGUACUGCGGCAAGACUUUUGGCAAGUCGUAUGCCUGUAAGGUCCACGAGAGAAUCCACACUGGCGAAAACUGCUCCCAGUGCAAGAUCUGUGGCAAGGUCUUGCUUUUCGAGAGGAGUUUAACAAAGCAUUUAAAGCUUCAUGAAAAGCGCGAAUUAAGAGCAUCAGCGACUACUGUUAAGCCGCAGGUCGAAGAUGAUGUGCAGAGCACUCAGAAUCCGAGCCAGGAGUUGACUGACAUGAAGCCCAUAGCAAUUGAGCAGACCAAGCCGAAGAAUUCCCAUAGGCUUGAGCGUGUAGAUAUAUCCGAAUUGGCCGGUACCUCUGUCAAUCCCAUAUCUUCAGUCUCUGUGGCAUCCUGGUCGCCACAAGUCAACUUCACAAAGAAAGAAGGUCAGCACAUUUGCCCGGGAUGUGGGCGUGGCUUCAACCACAUUGGCAAUAUGAAACUUCACUAUAAGAUAAUACACGAAAAGGUGAAGGAUUUUGCUUGCCGCUUCUGUCCCAAGCGUUUUUCAAAGGCACAAAUCUUACGGCAUCAUGAAUGGAUUCACACCGGAGAGAAGCCGUACGAAUGCAAGAUAUGCGGCAAACAUUUCCGACAGGAGCAAGUAAUGAAAACGCAUGUAAGAAAAGUGCACGAGAAUCCGGCGAAACCUCGCAAAGAACCUAAGCCCCAAAAAGCUAGUACAGAAAAGAGACAGAAAAUGAAUCUCAAUAAAAAACCGCCUAAGAUUCUAGACGAGUACCAGGAUCCGGCUGCAGAACGUGCCGCAGCAACAGCUGCACUGCUCGCGCAACAGAUUCAGGAGAAUGAGGCGAAGCGAAAGGCGGAGGAGGAAGCUCGAAAGAUUCAAGAGGCCGCAUGCGAGCAACUGCAGAUGCUGCAAAAAGAACAGCUUAUCGAGAAAUUGUCCAGUGAUAGCUUUCAGGUAAAGAAAUUUGAAACCGGUAUCAGCGUGGAUGACCUCAAAAAGGAUAAUGCUUAAAUAAACACGGUUAGAUCUACUCGGUAGGAUAACUAAAUUGGUUGGCAAAGCAAUAUUAUUGUUUGAAAUAUGCUUACGCUUUUAUAACUUUGUAAAUAACAGUAACUUAAGAAUAAUAAUGUGCGUUUCAAAUUAAACAUUGUAUUCAUUUAAUUGAAGAUAUUGAAAUUAAACCUUAUUGACUUAACUUGGAUGUCGCUCACACAAAACAAAAAGUAGAUAAAAUACGUUUAUUAAAUUCGAAUUAACAUUAAA